AUCAAAUCAGGAAAAAAUAAAAAACAGCUGGCUGGCAGGAGCGAGCUACCCAGGUGACCCGCGAAGAGACUCAGCCUCUGAAGAACCCCGGGUACAGAGCACUCCUCCGGUCUCGUUCCCACCCCACCCCCCUUUUUAAACUUAGUCCCUUUUUAUCUUAAGUACUUAUUUUUUGGAAUUUUUUUUCCUUCCUCCUCUUUGCUAAACUACCAAAGUUUUUUUUUUUUUUUUUUUUUUUAAAUCUCAUUUGCUCAACUUUCCUUACCAGCUUCCCAUUCCCCGCUGAAAAUAAAUCUUUAAAGGACCCGCCGCUCCUACCAGCCGGAGCACCUGCGGAGCCUCGGAGUCCGCGACCUCCCAGCCCCACCGCCCUCCCUCUCCGCGCGGGUUCCGGGCCCGGCCUUGAGGGCGCGAGCGCAGCCGGGGCCAUGGAGGUGACUGCCGACCAGCCGCGCUGGGUGAGCCACCACCACCCUGCGGUCCUCAACGGGCAGCACCCCGACACGCACCACCCGGGCCUCGGCCACUCCUACAUGGAUCCCGCGCAGUACCCCCUGCCCGAGGAGGUGGAUGUACUUUUUAACAUCGACGGUCAAGGCAACCACGUACCGUCCUACUACGGAAACUCGGUGAGGGCCACGGUGCAGAGGUACCCUCCGACCCACCACGGAAGCCAGGUGUGUCGCCCACCAUUGCUUCAUGGGUCUCUGCCCUGGCUGGAUGGCGGCAAAGCCCUGAGCGGCCACCACACUGCCUCACCCUGGAACCUCAGCCCCUUCUCCAAGACGUCCAUCCACCAUGGCUCCCCUGGGCCCCUGUCGGUCUACCCGCCGGCCUCAUCCUCCUCUCUGUCCGCGGGCCACUCCAGCCCGCACCUCUUUACCUUCCCGCCUACCCCGCCGAAGGACGUCUCUCCGGACCCUUCGCUGUCCACCCCGGGCUCGGCCGGCUCGGCGCGGCAGGACGAGAAGGAAUGCAUCAAGUACCAGGUGCCGCUGCCCGACAGCAUGAAGCUGGAGUCCUCACACUCACGAGGUGGCAUGACCACCCUGGGAGGGGCCGCAUCUUCGGCCCAUCACCCCAUUACCACCUACCCACCCUACGUCCCUGAAUACAGCUCCGGACUCUUCCCCCCCAGCAGUCUGCUGGGAGGCUCCCCCACGGGCUUCGGGUGCAAGUCCAGGCCGAAGGCCAGAUCCAGCACAGGCAGGGAGUGUGUGAACUGCGGGGCAACCUCAACCCCCCUGUGGCGACGAGAUGGUACGGGGCACUACCUGUGCAAUGCCUGCGGGCUCUACCACAAAAUGAAUGGACAGAACCGACCCCUCAUCAAGCCCAAGCGAAGACUGUCGGCAGCGAGAAGGGCAGGUACGUCCUGUGCAAACUGUCAGACCACCACGACCACGCUCUGGAGAAGAAAUGCCAACGGAGACCCUGUGUGCAAUGCCUGCGGGCUGUACUACAAGCUGCACAAUAUUAACAGACCCCUGACUAUGAAGAAGGAAGGCAUCCAAACCAGAAACCGAAAAAUGUCUAGCAAAUCCAAAAAGUGCAAAAAGGUGCAUGACACACUGGAGGACUUCCCCAAGAGCAGCUCGUUCAACCCGGCCGCCCUCUCCAGACACAUGUCCUCCCUCAGCCACAUUUCACCGUUCAGCCACUCCAGCCACAUGCUGACCACGCCAACACCCAUGCACCCGCCGUCCAGCCUCUCCUUCGGACCUCAUCAUCCUUCCAGUAUGGUCACCGCCAUGGGUUAGAGUCCCUGCUCGAUGCUUCAAGGUCUCCAGGCGAGAGUCCCUCCAGCCCCUCCUACGUGCAUUUUUGCAGGAGCAGUAUCAUGAAGCCGAAAACCGAUGGAUAUAUGUUUUUGAAGGCAGAAAGCAAAAUGAUGUUUGCCACUUUUGCAGAGGAGCUCACUGUGGUGUCUGUGUUCUCAAUCACUGAAUCUGGAUCCCAUUUGUGAAUAAGCCAUUCAGACUCAUAUUCCCUAUUUAACAGGGUCUCUCUAGUGCUGUGAAAAAAAAAAUGCUGAACAUUGCAUAUAACUUAUACCGUAAGAAAUACUGUACAUUUGAAGAAGACUUUAUUGCAUCUGGGUAGCUGUAAGAAAGGCAUGAAGGACGCCAAGAAUUUUAAGGAUAUGGGGGAAAUUAAGUGUGGAAAUUAAGAAGAAACUAGGUCUGAUAUCCAAAUGGACAAACCGCCAGUUUUGUUUCCUUUCACUGGCCACAGUUGUUUGAUGCAUUAAAAGCAAAAAAACAAAAAAAACAAAAACAAACAAAAAAAGAACAAAAAGAAAAAAAGAAAAAAAAAGAAUAAGAAAAAAGCUGUAGGCAAAUCAUUUGUUCAAAGCUGUGGGCCUCUGCAUAGGAAAUUCUGUCAGUUCUGGGCAAUCAGUGUUAACACUCAUAUAUUGCCAUCGAGGGUUUCAGAUGCCUUUCUACAGGCCUACAUGCUUUGUGAACAAGUCCCUGUAAUUGUUGUUUGUAUGUAUAAUUCAAAGCACCAAAAUAAGAAAAGAUGUAGAUUUAUUUCAUCCUAUUAUACAGACUGAAUUGUUGUACAAAUUUAUUUACUGCUAGUGUUAAGAACUGCUUUUUUUUGUUUUAAUAUUUUCCUUCUCUCAAUUUUUGGUUGAAUAAAACUAGAUGAUAUUCACUUG